GAUUCCAACACCGAUUCCAAACACAGUAAAAACAAACCAAAAGAAUUCAAAAUAUAAAGGAAGAGAAGGCUUAGAAUCGAUUCAAAGCCUGUGAAUUACGAAUCCAGAUAGAGAGAAAGGUUUUGCAUUUGCGACCUUUCUCAAAAUUGGGUUCCGUUAAUUUCUGGGAUUUGUUUUGGAGGAUCUUAGAAAAAUUAUUUUAAACAAUGGCGGAUCAAACGAAGAAGAGAUACGUUACAAGCGAGGAUCUGAAAAAACACGACCAACCUGGAGAUUUAUGGAUUUCGAUUCAAGGUAAAGUCUACGACGUUUCCGAUUGGGUCAAAUCUCAUCCCGGAGGCGAAGCAGCGAUUCUCAAUCUCGCCGGCCAAGACGUAACCGACGCCUUCAUCGCUUACCAUCCCGGAACCGCAUGGCACCACCUCGAGAAGCUCCACAACGGUUACCACGUGAGAGACUUCCACGUGUCCGACGUCUCGCGUGACUACCGCCGUUUAGCCGCCGAGUUCUCCAAACGCGGCCUCUUCGACAAAAAGGGUCACGUGACUCUCUACACGCUCACGUGCGUCGGCGUAAUGCUCGCUGCGGUUCUCUACGGCGUUCUGGCGUGUACCAGCGUCUGGGCUCACCUCAUCUCCGCCGUCUUACUCGGCCUCCUCUGGAUCCAGAGCGCUUACGUCGGCCACGAUUCAGGUCACUACACGGUGACGUCAACCAAACCGUGUAACAAACUGAUCCAGCUUCUCUCCGGGAACUGUCUCACCGGGAUCUCAAUCGCGUGGUGGAAAUGGACUCACAACGCUCACCACAUGGCUUGUAACAGCCUCGACCACGAUCCGGAUCUACAACACAUCCCCAUCUUCGCCGUCUCUACCAAAUUCUUCAAUUCGAUGACGUCACGUUUCUAUGGCAGGACAUUAACCUUCGAUCCUCUAGCUCGAUUCUUAAUCAGCUACCAACACUGGACGUUUUACCCUGUAAUGUGCGUCGGAAGAAUCAAUCUCUUCAUCCAAACCUUCCUAUUGCUAUUCUCGAAACGCCACGUCCCGGAUCGAGCCUUGAACAUCGCCGGCAUUUUGGUUUUCUGGACAUGGUUUCCUCUCUUGGUCUCGUUCCUUCCCAAUUGGCAAGAGAGAUUCAUCUUCGUCUUCGUGAGCUUCGCCGUCACGGCCAUUCAGCACGUUCAGUUCUGUUUAAACCAUUUCGCCGCUGAUGUUUAUACCGGUCCACCAAACGGAAACGAUUGGUUCGAGAAACAAACCGCCGGUACGCUUGACAUUUCGUGUAGAUCGUAUAUGGAUUGGUUCUUUGGUGGUUUGCAGUUUCAGUUAGAGCACCAUUUGUUCCCUCGGCUUCCUCGUUGCCAUCUCCGGACAGUGUCGCCGGUGGUUAAGGAGCUUUGUAAGAAGCAUAAUCUUCCGUAUAGAAGUCUUUCUUGGUGGGAGGCUAAUGUGUGGACGAUUAGGACUCUUAAGAAUGCAGCCAUACAAGCUAGGGACGUCACCAAUCCUGUCUUGAAGAACUUGCUUUGGGAAGCUGUGAAUACUCAUGGCUAAAACAGGCUAUCAAAUUUUCUGAUUACAUACAGAUCGGUUUGAUUCGGUUUUGUUGGUAUUUUAAUUUCGUUUGUGGAGUUCUUUUUUUUGUUUAUUACAGUAGUUUGAACUUUGAACUGUUAGGUGUAACUCUACCAUGAUCAAAUUAAAAUACAAUAUUAUCUUUAUGUUGUGGUCA